AUGUCUGCUGCGGAUGUCUCUGGUGCUGUUCCGGCCUCUGGCCAGAAUGGCUCCCCCGAAGCUCCUUCCCAAAACGGCGCACCUGCCAUCGACACCAAUGUUGCGGCGUCUGGUGCUGCUGGUGAUGAUGCUACCCCCUACUCGGCGAACCCCAACACCGCGCAGCACUCUGCCUCUCUCUAUGUUGGCGAGCUGGACCCUUCGGUCACUGAAGCCAUGCUUUUCGAGUUAUUUUCCUCCAUCGGCCAGGUUGCUUCGAUCCGUGUCUGCCGCGAUGCUGUCACACGUCGCUCCCUUGGGUAUGCCUAUGUCAACUACAACAAUACCGCUGACGGUGAAAGAGCACUGGAAGAUUUGAACUACACUAGCAUCAAAGGUCGCCCAUGCCGUAUCAUGUGGUCUCAGCGCGAUCCCGCCCUUCGCAAAACUGGACAAGGUAAUGUCUUCAUCAAGAACUUGGAUGCGGCGAUCGACAACAAGGCGCUCCAUGAUACCUUUUCCCAAUUUGGGAAUAUUCUUAGCUGCAAAGUCGCCCAGGACGAGCUUGGAAACUCAAAGGGAUACGGUUUCGUCCAUUACGAGACUGCCGAAGCGGCCAAUCAGGCCAUCAAGUCGGUCAACGGCAUGUUGUUGAACGACAAGAAGGUCUUUGUUGGCCAUCAUAUCGCUAAGCGGGAUCGCCAGAGCAAGUUUGAGGAAAUGAAGGCCAACUUCACCAAUGUCUACAUCAAGAACAUUGACGAGUCGGUGACUGACGACGAGUUCACCAAGCUGUUUGAGAAUUACGGCCAGGUUGUGUCUGCUACCAUCACUCGCGACGAAAGUGGCAAGAGCCGUGGCUUUGGCUUUGUCAACUUUGCCAGUCAUGAGUCCGCUGCCAGAGCGGUCGACGAACUCAACGACAAGGAAUUCCAUGGCAAGAACUUGUAUGUCGGCCGCGCUCAGAAGAAACACGAACGGGAGGAAGAGCUCCGCAAGCAGUAUGAAGCUGCCCGCAUGGAGAAGGCCUCCAAGUAUCAAGGCGUCAACUUGUAUGUCAAGAACUUGACCGACGACGUGGACGAUGACAAGCUUCGCGAUCUGUUCAGUGGCUACGGAACCAUCACCUCUGCCAAGGUCAUGCGCGACACAGCCGAGCGCACCGCGUCUCCUGCAACAGACAAGGACAAGGAGAACAAAAAAGAAGAUGGUGAAAAGGCUGAAGACGAGCCGAAGCCCGAGACUGAAGUGAAAGAAGAGGGCAGUGAUGACGCCAAAGAAGGCAAGAGAGAGGCCAAGCCGGGUCAGAAGCUGCUCGGUAAGAGCAAGGGCUUCGGCUUCGUCUGCUUCAGCAACCCGGACGAGGCUUCCAAGGCAGUUUCGGAGAUGAACCAGAAGAUGGUUAAUGGGAAGCCGCUCUAUGUUGCCCUCGCUCAGCGCAAGGAUGUUCGCAAAAGUCAGCUCGAGGCUAGUAUCCAAGCCCGGAACACCCUUCGUCAGCAACAACAGGCGGCGGCGGCUGGUAUGCCCCAGGGCUACAUCCAACCCACUGUCUUCUAUGGUCCAGCGGGACAGCAAUUCCUCCCCCCUGGGGCUCAGCGCGGAGGCAUGCCUUUCCCCGGCCAGCCUGGUAUGGUCAUCCCUGGCAUGCAAGGCGGGCGUGGACAAUUCCCGGGGGGUUUCCCACAACAAGGCCGUGGCAUCCCGCAAGGCCAGCAACUUCCUCCAAAUUUUGGUCUACCCGGACAAAUGCCGUUUAUUCAAAAUCCAGCACUUGUCAACGGUAUGUACAACAACCCUCAGGCCUUGGCCCAAAUGCAAGCCCAAAUGGGCCGUGGCGCUGGCGGUCGUGGCGGCCAGAUGCAAGGCAUGCAGGGUAUGCCUCCGAACAUGCAGGGCAUGGCUGGCGUUCGUGGAGGAGCGUUCCCGCAAGGCGGUCGCGGUGGAGGUGGUAUGCAGAACAUGGGAGGCGCUCAAACGGGCCCACGGUUGCCUCCACAGGGCCGUGGACAGAUGAUGCCCGGCCGAGAAGAAGCCCCUGCCGGCGGUCUGAGCAAUCUUGCAUCUUUGCCUCCCAACCAACAAAAACAGAUGCUCGGUGAGGCCAUUUACCCCAAGAUUCAACAGAUCCAACCGGAACUUGCUGGCAAGAUUACUGGUAUGCUUUUGGAAAUGGACAACUCCGAACUGUUGGCUUUGAUUGACGAUGACAACGCACUUCGUUCCAAGGUGGAUGAGGCUCUCACUGUCUACGACGAGUAUGUCAAGGGUCGUCAAAGUACCAGCGAAGGUGGUCCCAACGGCACGAAAGAGGAGGAUGGGUCCAAGACUGAAGGCGCCGAAGCCACGGCUUAG